AUGGCUGAAGAGGACUAUGCCACCUUUGUGGACUCAAACCAGAUGGGUGAUCUGGCAAAGAGCAGUGGGCCCACCAAGGUGGACUGCAAGGACCUGAGAGAGUUCAAGCAGAUGGCUCGUCAGGGUUACUGGGCAAAGAAUCACAAACUUCGGGCGCAAGUGUACCAACAGUUGAUUAAAACCAUCCCCUGUCGCACUGUGACACCAGAUGCCGAAGUCUAUCGAGACCUCAUGGGAAGUGCGGCCACUAAGAAACCAUCAACCAACAUCCCUCUGCCAGACUUUGUGGAUGGGAACCCCGUGCCUCACUACUGCCUAAAGUCUGAUGCAGUUGCCUCCGCCCACCGCAUAAUCAACUGCUUGGCUGGUCAGUUUCCCGACAUUUCUCACUGCCCGUCCCUCCCAGCCAUCACUUCUUUGCUCCUGCACUUUAGCGCCGACGAAGCUCAGUGUUUUGAGCACGUGAGCCGCAUACUUGCUUGCAACGAACCAGGAAAACGGCUCUUGGACCAGACCUUCCUGGCCUAUGAGUCGGGCUGCAUGACUUUCGGGGACUUGGCCAUCAAGUACUGCGCCCCAGCUCAUAAACUGAUCGUGGCCACAGCUCAAGAUGUUCUGGAAGUCUAUUCGGACUGGCAGCGGUGGGUUCUGGGUGACUUGCCCUUCAGCCAUAUUGUCCGUGUCCUGGAUGUCUACCUUGUGGAGGGCUACAAAAUUCUGUACCGUGUGGCAAUAGCCUUACUCAAGUUCUUCCGUAAGCACAAAGCGGGAGCUGGGGCAGGUCAGGCUGUCCAGCAGCAGGAUUCCGCCAAAGUCAGGUCAGAAAUUCAGGCUUUCGUCAAAGGAAUUGCUUCAGUAGUCACACCUGAUAAGUUGUUGGAGAAGGCCUUCUCCAUCCGCCUGUUAAGCCGCAAGGAGAUCACUCUGUUGCAGCUCACCAAUGAGAAGUCCUUGCAACAAAAAGGCAUCACUGUCAAGCAGAAGAGAAGGAACGUUCAGCUGGCACUUAACCCAGACACCUUCUCUUCGGAGAUUGUCAGUGCUAAGGAGAUGCGAGACAUCUGGUCGUGGAUCCCAGAGCGUUUUGCCUUGUGCCAACCGCAGCUCCUCUUCACCACCUCCACUCAUGGCUGCAGCCUUAACAGAUUCUACGAGCAUUGUGAAGGCUACGAGCCCACGCUGCUUCUAAUCCGAACCACAGAUGGAGAUGUAUGUGGAGCCUUCCUGUCUACUGACUGGGAAGAACGCAAGAGGGGAGGCAACAAGCUAAGCUUCUUUGGCACAGGAGAGUGCUUUGUUUUCAGGCUGAAGCCGGAGAUGGAACGCUAUGAGUGGGUGGUGAUCCGCCACCCCGAAUUAGCUUCCGCCGUCAAGAGUCAGGGUCACGACCACAGCGAGACCUCCGAGGGCCAAAACUCUGACAGCAAUAGUUUGCCACAGCCAGAGAAAGCGGCUGGCGAGCUGUCCCCCUUCCUCUCUGCCCGUCACUUCAACCUCAAUUCAAGGAACACUUCCAUGUUCAUGGCUGGGAACUUUGACUCCAUCAUUGUAGGUGGCGGUGAAGGCAAUGCGCUGUACAUCGACUCGGAGCUCAACCACGGGCGCACGGGCUGCUGCACAACAUUCGACAACCCGCCACUGUGCGCUGAAAGCUUCCAAGUGGCGCUGCUCGAGUCCUGGGGCUUUCAAGAUGCCAUGGCCACAUAA